ACAUAAAGAGCGUUACUGGAUGGGCUUUUUCGAUGAGAUAAUGAGAAGACGGGAAGUGUUGUGGCAGCAAGGUGGCGCGGUUAUAGUACAAACAAUAAUCGAGAAAGAAACAACAAUGAAGUGCUGCACAACAAAGCAGAACAACAAACAACAGAAGAAGCAAGCGGGCAACAGUAGAAUAUCCAAGAGAAACUGAUCGGUUUUUUUAAACUUUUUUCUUCUUGAAGGGACAAUAUGUGAAGGGAAAGCAUAGAGAGCAACAACGAAAAAAGCAUUUAUGGUAGCAUAGAGUGUGAAACUAAAUAAAGGGAGAAGACUCAACAAUAGAAAUUUUAGAUCCAUGGACGCAGCUGAAUGUACAUGUCCACGGUAGCGUAAGUCGCGAAAGGAAAAACAAGGUGACAAGGAAUAUUACAAUAUGCGAAAGCACCGGAAAUAAUCUAAGCAGGACAAAGCAAUCCGAAAGCAAAGCAAAGCAAAUUUAGCACAAUGAAUAGAGACAGGAUACUCGUGCGCAUGAGUCUGAGCACUACGCAAGGUACUCAUCCUCCUAUUUCUUCGAAGAUCUUUUGGUCUGGAGGAAAUACGCGACGAAACUAUAACAUGGGAGUGGACGAAAAAGAACCAAGUGUAAAAAAUCUGCAGUAGUGACGUGAUGGC